AUGCCGGGCGCUCCACGUUUCACCCAAAAGCCCUCCAUCAAGCAGACGCCUACGGGCGAUCUGCUGAUGGAGUGCGUGCUGGAGGCUGACCCGAGGCCAGAAAUCGUAUGGCAGCACUCAGGCACCCCAAUGCCCCCCUCCUCAAGGGCAGAGCAGGAACUCCGACCACAGCCCGGAGCCAACCUAUUCCUCGCCAUCCUUACCAUUAAGGAGCCAAAUGCCGGUGACGGUGGCGCCUACAGAUGCACGGCGAAAAAUGUGCAUGGCGAGAGCAACGCGAAUAUCAAUCUCAACUUUGCGGGCGGCGGUGAGGAGCCAAAAGCCCGCGGGCCUAGCUUCGUCGGCAAGCCCCGAAUUAUCCCGAUGGACGGGGGAGCGCGGAUCGUUAUGGAAUGCCGUGUAAAAUCAUCUACAACGCCGACGGCCAAGUGGAGCAAGGACGGUUCCCCAAUUUCCGGCUCCCAAUUCCACGAGGUGUUCCAAGAACUCGGCGACAGCACCUACCUGUGCCAACUCGAGAUUCAUGGCCCAUCCACCUCUGAUGCCGGCCAGUACCGGUGUACCCUCAAGAACGCUGAGGGCGAGACCAACGCCAACCUGGCGCUCAACUUCGAGGAGCCAGACGAUGAGGCGCCGCCGCCGGAGGAGAAGAAAAAGCGGAAGAAGACGGAACGAUCCCCCUCCGGACGUUCCCGAGAAGGCUCAGCCUCCCCACGACCCGGAUCUCCAUCGAAAAAGAAGAAGGAGCGAUCGGGCAGUGAGAGGGAUGAGAAGAGGAGGAGGAGCAAGAGCAAGGAGGCAUCGCCUGGAGCCGCAAAGGGGGGACGAUCCCGGACGUCCACCCCGAUGGGCGACGAGCUGACGCCUGACCAGGCGAAGACGAGACGGGGCAGCAGCAAGCUCACAGACGAAGAUAAAUCCUCAAAACGGUUGCGCGAGAGGUCGCAAAGCGGCCUCGCCGCCGAGGAGAAGAAGUCUAGGUCCAAGAGCCCGCAGGCCGAGCCGCAGCAGUCCGAAUCGUCCGCCACAACCCGCCAGACGACGGCCAACGAGCUGCCGGCCAACGCCCGCGAGAAGUUCAAGCGAGCACCCGUCGUCGUCGAACCUGCCUCUUCCAAGUCAGCCCGUCGCGGGGGCACCGUGACUCUGGAAGUGGAAUGGCAAUGCCAUACUUCGACUCGUGUGACGUGGUACAAAGACGGCUCGGAGCUGUCGUCGUACGCACGCGAGUACUCGCAGACCUUCGAUGGCCAGUAUUCCCGGCUGACCAUCUCCGAUCUAUCGAGUAAACUCACUGGCGUUUACAAGUGCAUCGCCAAAUCCGACUACGGCGAGGGCCAAAGCCAGGCUGUCGUCAGACUCGAAGAAGAAGAGAAGUCCAAGGCUGAGGAUGAUACCCGCCUCAAGUCCGAGGACGAGCGCGGAGCCGGUGGCAGGAAGAGCCCGAGUCCUGCUCUCCGCAAAAAGUCGCCCACCCCUGCCGAGAAGCGUGGCACCAGUCGCCCAGCUGGUGACGACGAGGUUGCGUUGCCACCCGGCAGCCCGGACGUCCGUGCCGGUCGUCGAGCUACCGUAGCCCACACACCCGAAUUCCUAUUUCACGGACUACUACCGUAUUCCAGAGUGGUGAUGCAAUCGACACGGCGAGAUCCGUUCGAAGUGUUCGGCCUCCGCAACGGGGAUGCCGACACGACCGUUCGAAGGACUCCCGUGUACGGUAGACCACCACUACAGCCUACUGUAGCCACUAAUGGGCAUCAAGGGCAGAAUGGACAGCAGCAACCAUUGAGGAGACCCACUAUGAAUACGAGGGGCCUAUCCCACAUCCAUUCAUUCAUCCUGAAAAAGCUGCCCCACGGUGAUGCGAAGCAGACGUUCUUAAAGGUCUCGGAGGCGGACGGGAUCCCGAGCUCGGGCCUAACGAUUCCCGAAUCGCGACGCCGCGAGCUGAUGGGCGAGGCGGAUGGGUCGGAGGAUGAAUUCUCCGAAUCCAUCUCCGAACUCCCGUCAUUUGCCGGGGGCACGCCGAAGAUGCCACGCAAGCGAGUCUCCACCCCGCAAGAGCCUCCCCAGGAGGAGAAGGUGAUGUUUCAAAAUGCGCGGGAUCUCCUCAAGAAGACCGGCACCGCCACCAAGCAAGGAGAUGCCGCGCAGUCGAAGCCGACGCUGAAGAAGGUCGGACCCAAGCCCGCAGAUGACCCGCACGAGUUCAAGAAGCCGCUGCUGAAGAAGGUGGCCAAGAAGGACCCAGUCGAAGGGCCCACUGACCCAUCGAAGGUCAAGCUGAAGAAGGUGGAGCGACGAGCCGACAGUUCCGACCCGGAGGCUGGCGGAUCGUCGCGGAAGAGCUCGUUUGGAGGGGAUUCGGAGGCCGAUCCGAAAAGUCGACUAUCAGGGAGACGCGGCUCGGUCGACCUCCGCCGCGAGUCGAUUUCUGAACUUCUCGAGAAGGCGCAUACACCGUUGAAAGCCCAGGGCGGACCCGGAGCCCCGGCAAAGAUCAUCGAAUUCGACGACAGUGUGACUGUGCUCGAAAAUGAAACAGCAGCUCUCACCAUCAAAGUGGCCGGCGACCCGGUGCCGACCAUCAAGUGGAAGAAGGGAUUGAGAGAGGUGAUGAGCGGUGGACGCUUCAAGCAGCACACCAACGGAGAGGAGAACAAGGCCCAUCUGGCGGUUUCGAAGUGCCGAAAUCAGGACGAUGGAGUGUAUUCGGUUACUGUAUCGAACGCACACGGCUCCGACACAGCCGAAAUCAAGCUGCUUGUCACCAACGACAAUCAGGGAGGAGCCGAUUUCCGAGCCAUGCUCAAGAGGAGAGACACCUCCGCCGGCCAGGGCCAAAAGGAGCCCAAGGAGAAGGAGUUGAGCGAGGCUGAGCGUCGCCAAUCGCUGUUCCCCGGCAAGCGCGUCGAGCAAUGGGUCGAGCCACUACAAGAGAAAAAGGCCCAACAGGUCACCGACAAGAUUGUCGAGUGGAAGUGCACGUAUUCGCGCACUAAUGCCAAGAUCCGUUGGUACAAAGACCGAAAGGAGAUUUUCUCUGGAGGCCUGAAAUAUAAGAUCAUCAUCGAAAAAGCGACAUGCACGCUGAUCAUCAACAACCCGGAGGUUGACGACUCGGGCAUGUACAUGUGUGAGGCUAAUGGAGUAAAAACGCAGGCUAUGCUGACGGUGGAAGAACCCCCGAUGAAGUACAGCUUUGUCAACCCGUUGCCGAACACCCAGGAGGUGUACCGCACCAAGCAGGGCGUCCUCACCUGCAAGGUCAACUCCGCCAGGGCGCCGCUGAAAUGGUAUCACCGCGGAAAGCUGAUUGAUGAAAAUGACCCCCGCUUCAACAUUGACAAAGACCCGGUCGGUCGAUGCACAAUCACGAUCCAUGAACUUCGCCAAGAAGAUGAGGGCGAGUGGAUGGCGUACAUCUCCGACGACGUCCUGUCCAAGAUGAUGGUCUACGUCGAGGAACCGCGUGACACGUUCGUCAUCCCGCUCAAAUCGCAGAGGGUGGAUGAGCGUGGAAACACAUCUCUCGAAUGCGACGUCAACGACAAGGACGCUGUGGUGCAAUGGUGGCAUGAUGGUGUUAGGAUCGACGUCGACGGCGUGCACUUCAAGGAGGAGAAGUCGAUGCGCAAGCGCCGCCUGCACAUCUUUGGAGCCCGUAUCGAAGACCACGGAGAGUACAAAUGUACGACAAAGGAUGACAAGACAAUGGCACAGCUCAUCGUCGAGCCCCUCAACAAGUUCAUCGUCCCGUUGAAGGAUAUUGAAGUCGUUGAGAAGGAGACUGUCGAUCUGCGAUGUGAGACCAAGGACACCAAGACGCCUGGAACAUGGUUCGUCAAGGGAAAGCCGAUCUCCUCCAAACCCGGCGGCAAGUUCGAGUGCCAAUCUCGCAACGGCGUGCACACCCUGAAGAUCUCCAAGAUCGAGAUGUCCGAGGGCGACACCUACGAGUUCGACCAGGCCGGCCUCCACGGACAGUGCGUCGUCUCAGUCGUUGAGGGCGAGAAGAAGCCAACCUUCAACUGGAAACCGAAAACCAUCGAGGCGAAGGCUCACGAGCCCACCGAAGUCAGGAUCCCGUUCUCGAUCAAGGGCCAGCGAACGCUGCCCAAGAUUCGUCUACUCAAGAACGGGCAACCCGUCGACUUGGACAAGCUCAAGAACCUCAUCGAGGUGGUCAUCGAGGGCGACGAGGCCGUCAUCAAGUUCAAGGACCCAACCAUGGCCGAUUCCGGCAAAUGGGCCCUGGAGCUCGGAAACAGUGCCGGAACUGCCUUGGCGCCGUUUGAACUCCUUGUCAAGGACAAGCCGAAGCCCCCGAAGGGCCCACUGGAGACGACCAACGUCACGGCGGAGGGCUGUGACUUGAAAUGGGGAGAAGGGGAUAAGGGAGAUGAGAACCCGGCCAAGGCGUUCAUCGUCGAGAUGCAGGAGGGAAGAUCUGGGAACUGGCAGAAGAUCGGCGAGACCAAGGGAGCUGGAUUCAAAGUCAAGGACCUGAAGGAGCAUGGAGAGUACAAAUUCCGUGUGAAGGCCGUGAAUGAUGCCGGGAUUUCGGAUCCGCUGACCGGUGAAACGAUCCUGGCGAAGAACCCGUAUACCGUGCCCGGCAAGCCGAGAAACAUGGACUUCACCGAUGUGGACAAUGACCAUAUUACGGUGGCCUGGGACCCGCCAGAGAGUGAUGGUGGAGCACCCGUUGAGGAGUACAUCAUCGAGCGGAGGGAGAAGAGCGAGAAGGACUGGAACCGUGUCGGUACCGUACCCCACGACGCCAAGGAGGCCAAGCAAACGUUCACCGACGAGCGUGUCGUCGAGGGCAAGGAGUACUACUACCGGAUCAAGGCCGUCAACAAGGCCGGCCCUGGAGAUCCGAACGAUCAUGGACGCUCCGUCAAGGCCAAAGCCAAGCCGUCCGAGCCCAAGUUCAUCAAGGGCGGUAUCAAAGAUCAGCGCCUGAAGGUCGGCGAGACGAUCAAGUACGAUGUCCCCAUCUCCGGAGAACCGACCCCCGAAGUCAGCUGGGUCGUCAACGGCAAGCCGCUCAAGGCUGGAGGACGCGUCAAAGUGACGACCGAGCGUGGCCGCCAUGUGCUGAAGAUCGAGAACGCUGAGCGCGGCGACUCCGGCAAGUUCACCAUCCAACUGAAGAACCCGUCCGGAACGUGCGAAGACUCGGCCAUUGUCACCGUCGUCGGACGGCCGGCACCUCCUGAGGGACCCCUCUCUGUAGAUGACAUCUGCGCAGAUGGAGCCACAGUCGGGUGGAAGCCACCAAAGGAUGAUGGUGGAGAUCCGCUCACCGGAUAUAUCGUUGAAGCCCAAGAUCUCGAUCAGAAGGGCAAAUUCGUCGAGGUCGGCAAGGUCGGUCCCGGUGAGACGAAGCUGAAGGUGAAGGGGCUGAAGAAUAAGGGAAACUACAAGUUCCGCGUGAAAGCUGUAAACGGGGAAGGUGAAUCCGAGCCGUUGACCGCUGAUGACUACACGACGAUCAAGGAUCCGUGGGAUGAACCCGGAAAGCCCGGAAGGCCGAUGGUUACGGAUUAUGAUGCCGACCGGAUCGAUUUGGCGUGGGAUCCGCCGUUGAAGGAUGGUGGAGCGCCGAUUGAAGAAUAUAUCGUUGAGGUCCGUGACCCGGUCACCAAGGAAUGGAAGGAGGUUAUGCGAUCCCCAACCACCCAAGCCUCGGUGAAGGGACUCAAGGAGGGCCAGGAAUACCAAUUCCGAGUGAAGGCCGUCAACAAGGCCGGGCCCGGCCAACCUUCCGAACCCUCCGAGAAGCAGAUGGCUAAGCCGAAGUUUGUGCCGGCGUGGCUGAAGCACGAAUGUCUACGCUCCCUCACUGUCAAGGCCGGCCAGUCGGUACGUUGGGAUGUGAAGAUCGGCGGUGAACCUGCCCCUGACGUGACGUGGACCAGGAAUGACAAGCCGUUCGACACCAACGCGAGGGUGACGGUCGAGACGAAGAAGAGUGAUCACACCAUUCUUUGCAUCUCAGCUGCUGCUAGGGGGGAUAUUGGAGAAUAUCGACUGACCGUCAAGAAUGCAUAUGGAGAAGACACGGAGAUGGCCAAUCUGACCGUGCUGGACAGGCCGGCGAAACCGGAGGGACCGCUUGAGGUGUCCAACGUCUUCGAAGACAACUGCGAUCUCUCCUGGAAGCCUCCAAAAGACGACGGUGGAGAACCCAUCGAGUACUACGAGGUUGAAAAGCUCGAUACGGCCACCGGCCGCUGGGUUCCUUGCGCAAAGGUCAAAGACACGAAGGCCCACAUCGAGGGGCUGAAGAAGGGCAACACCUACCAAUUCCGCGUGAAGGCCGUCAACAAGGAGGGCGCAUCCGAGGCCCUCAACGCCGACAAGGACAUCAAGGCCAAGAACCCGUACGACGAGCCCGGAAAGCCUGAUCCGCCCGAGAUUACCGACUGGGAUUCCAAUAAGGUUUCGUUGGCUUGGGAGCCCCCGGCGAGUGAUGGUGGAGCCCCGAUUACAGGGUACAUCAUUGAGAAGAAGUCUAAACACGGCCGGGAUUGGCAAGAAUGCGCAAAGGUUGGGCCCCAGUGUGAGGCUGACGUCUUGAACUUGAAGGAGGGUGAGGAGUACCAGUUCAGGAUCAAGGCUGUGAAUAAGGCCGGUCCUGGAGAGGCUUCGGAUCCGUCCCAGAAAGUGGUGGCCAAGCCGAGAAAUCUGAAGCCCUGGAUCGAUAGGGAGGCGAUGAAGACCAUCACCGUCAAGGUCGGCCAGGACGUGGAGUUCGACGUGCCUGUACGUGGAGAACCGCCGCCAGAGAAGACCUGGACGUUCGCCGAUGGAAAGCCGAUAUCGGAUCGGAUUCGUCUGACGAAUGAGGACUACCGGACGCAGUUUGUACUGAAAGGAGCCCAACGCAAGGAAGCCGGCAAAUACACCCUUGUCGCCCAAAACGCCAGCGGCAAGGACACCCACUCGGUGGAGGUGAUCGUCCUCGGCAAGCCGAGCGCCCCGAUGGGACCCCUCGACGUCACCGAUGUGUUCGAAGAUCAUUGCACCCUCGAGUGGGCACCACCAGAGGAUGAUGGCGGAACCCCCGUGGAUCAUUAUGAGAUCGAAAAGAUGGAUAUGGCCACUGGUCGCUGGGUCCCAUGUGGACGGGCCGACGGAACUACCGCUCAAGUCCACAACCUCCAGCCGGGACAUGAGUACAAGUUCCGCGUGAAGGCCGUCAACAAGGAGGGCGAGUCGGAGCCGUUGACUGCCGAUCAGGCAAUCUUGGCGAAGAACCCCUACGAUCUGCCCGGAAAGGUGGACAAGCCCGAGCUGGUCGACUGGGACAAGGACCAUGUUGACUUGAAGUGGAACCCUGUUGCUGAUGAUGGUGGAGCACCGAUUGACGGCUACAUCAUCGAGAAGAAAGACAAACGCGGACGUUGGGAAGAAGCCAUGGUCGUCCCUGGUGAUGCCACCACCGCCACGGUCGACGGUCUGAAGGAGGGCGAGGAGUACCAGUUCCGCGUCCGAGCCAAGAACAAGGCCGGCAAGGGAGAAGCCUCUGACCCGACCGAUACCGUCAUCGCCAAGUGCCGCAACAUGCCACCGCAUAUCCAUAGGGAAGACAUCGAGGAUCACGUGGUCCGCGUCGGCGGCGCCGUCGACUUCAAGAUCCACAUCGACGGUGAGCCGGCCCCGACCGUCACCUGGAGCUUCACCGGCGGAUCAAUCCACGCCACCGGAGUGCAGACCGACGACCAGGACUACCUGUCUCGAUUCUGUAUCCCGAAGGCUUUGAGGAAGCAGAGUGGAAAGUACACCAUCACCGCCUCCAACUGCAAUGGAAGUGACUCGGUGACCUUUGAGGUCAAGGUGAAGGGCAAGCCCGGAAAGCCGAAGGGACCGCUCGAUGUUGCUGAUGUCUUUGAGGAUUCGUGCAACCUCGCCUGGGAAGCCCCGGAAGACGAUGGCGGUGAGCCCAUCCAGUUCUACGAGGUCGAGAAGAUGAACCCGAAGGAUGGCCUCUGGGUGCCUUGCGGAAGAACCGCGGACACCCAAUUCCACGUGGAUACCCUGAACAAGGGAGAUCACUACAAAUUCCGCGUGAAGGCCGUCAACUCGGAGGGAGCAUCAGAUCCGCUGGAGAACGAGAACGAGAUUGUGGCCAAGAACCCUUACGAGCGUCCGGAUAAGCCCGGCAAGCCCGAGCCGACCGAUUGGGACUACGACCAUGUCGAUCUCAAGUGGGACCCGCCGGCUUCGGAUGGUGGAGCUCCGAUUGAGGAGUAUCAGGUCGAAAAACGCACCAAGUACGGCCGCUGGGAACCUGCCAUCACCGUCCCUGGCAACCAGACCACCGCCACCGUGCCUGAUCUGACGGCAAAUGAGGAGUACGAGUUCCGUAUCGUUGCUGUCAACAAGGGGGGACCAUCUGAUCCAUCUGAUCCGUCCCGCCCCGUCAUCGCCAAGCCGAAGAACCUGGCUCCCAAGAUUGAUCUCGGUGCGCUGAAGGACAUCACAAUCCGCGCUGGACAGAUCUUGGCCUUUGACGUUCCGGUUGAGGGAGAACCUACCCCGACGAUGAGCUGGAGCGGACCGGGAGGAAAGGAACUUCGAAAUGGAGGCAGGAUCAAGCUGGAUGAUCACCCGAACAUGACCAAGUUCCAGAUGCGCCAAACCGAACGCUCCGACACCGGCAAGUACACCCUUCGUGCCCAGAACGAGAACGGUUCGGACUCGGCGUCGUGCAUGGUCACCGUCAUCGACAAGCCGUCGCCCCCGCAGGGCCCGCUGGACGUCUCCAACAUCCAGGCCAACCAGGUAACCCUCGACUGGAAGCCGCCAGAGGAUGAUGGCGGAGUGCCGAUCGAGAACUACGUCAUCGAGAAGUUCGAUACUUCGCAGGGCAGAUGGGUGCCGGCUUUGAAGGUACCUGGUGGCCAGACCACCGCCGACGUCGACAAUCUCCUCGAGGGCCACGAGUACAAAUUCCGUGUUGCGGCCGUCAACUCUGAGGGUGAAUCCAUCCCGCUGGAGACGUUCAGCCCGAUCAUCGCCAAGAACCCGUACGACAAGCCCGGAAAGCCCGGUCAGCCCGAGCCGACCGAUUGGGAUAAGGACCAUGUGGACCUCAAGUGGACCCCUCCAAAGGAAGAUGGCGGCGCCCCGAUCGAGGGGUACAUCAUCGAGGUGAAGGAUGAGUUCUCGCCCAACUGGAAGGAGGCCAAGACCGUGCCCGCUGGACAGACCGAAGCAUCGGUUACAGGGCUGAGGGAGGGCGAGAAGUACCAAUUCCGAAUCCGGGCCAAGAACAAGGCUGGAGCUGGAGAUCCUUCAGAUCCGUCGGAUCCUGUGACGUGCAAGCCACGUCAUCUGACACCUCUGAUUGACAAGAACUCGAUCCAUGAGAUUCGGGUUCGAGCUGGUCAGGGUUGUGACUUGGCGAUUCCUGUUGGAGGAGAACCACCGCCACAGAUCACCUGGACGUUCGAGGGCGAACCCGUCGAAUCCGAUGACCGCAUCCGCGUCCAAACCGAAGACUACAAGACCAAGUUUGCCAUCAGAAAGUCGAAACGUGAAGACGCCGGAACGUACCUCAUCACCGCCAAGAACGAGAGCGGUGUUGAUACUGCUGAGGUGAAAGUCAUCGUGCUCGACCACCCAUCCAAGCCUAAGGGCCCACUGAAGGUGUCCAACGUCACCAAGAACAGCUGUGAGCUUGACUGGAAGCCGCCAGAGGAUGAUGGAGGAGCUGAUAUCUCCCAUUAUCAAAUUGAGAAGCAAGAUCAGGCGACUGGCAGAUGGGUGCCGUGCGGAGAAUCUCAGGACACGCACUUCAAGGUCAACGACCUGACCCCGGGACAUGAGUACAAGUUCCGGGUGAAGGCGGUGAAUCGAUACGGCGACUCUGACCCUCUUGAAGCCGAUGCCUCGAUCAUCGCCAAGGAUCCGUUCGACACGGCCGGAAAGCCGGGAAUGCCGGAAAUUACCGACUGGGACAAGGACCGCGCUGAUCUCAAGUGGGAACCACCAGCCGACGACGGUGGUGCCCCAGUCGAGGAGUACCUCGUCGAGAUGCGUGACGGCAACGGAAAUUGGGUGGAAGCCGCCGUCGUGCCAGCCGAUCAGACGACAGCCUCUGUCAAGGGCUUGAAGGAGGGCCACACCUACCAAUUCCGCGUGAAAGCCAUCAACAAGGCCGGCCAGUCUGCCCCAUCUGACCCGUCGCGUCAUCUCCUUGCCAAGGCUCGCCACGUCGCGCCGAAGAUCGACCGAAAGAUGUUCGAGGGGAUCAAAGUCCGCGCUGGACAGCCGAUCAAAUUUGACGUCAACGUUGAUGGAGAACCGCAUCCGGAGAUUUUGUGGUUCUUCAAUGGGCAACCGUUGCGCUCGGCCGAUAACACCAAGAUCGACAACUCCGCUGAUCAUAAUACGAAACUGACGACGAAGGAUUCGCAACGCUCCCACGCCGGCAAGUACAAGAUCGUCGCCACCAACGACAGCGGCAAGGACGAAGAAGAAGUGGAAGUCAUUGUCCUCGAUGUCCCCAGCGACCCGAAGGGCCCUCUCCACGUCGACGACAUUACCAAGGACUCCGCUGUCGUCUCUUGGCGCGAGCCUGAAGACGACGGUGGCUCUCCGAUCACUGGCUACAUCGUCGAGAAGCAAGAAGACGGUGGACGCUGGGUCCCAUGCGGCGAGACCAGCGGCCAGGACACCCAGCUGAAGGUCGGCAAGCUGAACGAGGGCCACGAGUACAAAUUCCGCGUCCGAGCCGUUAACAGGCAAGGGCAGUCGGGAAAUUUGGAGUCACCGUAUCCGAUCACUGCCAAGAAUCCGUUCGACGAGCCGGAUCCGCCAACGGAUGUGAAGGCCGUGGAUUGGGAUAAGGACCACGUGGAUCUGCAGUGGAAGGCGCCGAUUAAUGAUGGUGGAGCUCCGAUUGAAAAGUACAUCGUCGAGAAGAAGGACAAGUACGGCGAUUGGGUCGAAUGUGCCGUCGUGCCAGGAGACCAGACCAAGGCCACCGCCCCCAACCUUACCCCCGGCGAGACGUACGAGUUCCGCGUCAAGGCUGUCAACAAGGCCGGCCCGUCCAAGCCAUCUGAAGGCACCGGCCCGAUCGUGGCUCGCGCCAGACGCCAGGCCCCCAAGAUCAACCUCGACGGCCUGGCCGACAUUCGCGUCAAGGCCGGAUCGCCCAUCAAGAUUGAGGUCACGUUCGAGGGAGCCCCAGAACCCAAGGCGUCCUGGAGGGUCGGAGAUGGGUCUCCGGAUGACCGUGCUGAGAUCAAGUCCACUCCGACGUCAUCUACAAUCUUGAUUCCGGCUUCCCGACGCUCGGACUCUGGACCGUUUACCAUCACGGUGGAGAAUGAAUUCGGGAAGGACAGCGGAAAGUGCAACGUCAUCGUGCUGGAUGUUCCGGAGGCUCCUCAAGGACCGAUGAAGAUUGGGGACAUCCACAAGGAGGGAUGCACGCUUCACUGGAAGCCGCCGGCGGACGAUGGUGGAUCAGAGAUUCUGCACUAUGUUGUGGAGAAGAUGGACACGACCAGAGGAACCUGGCAGGAGGUCGGCCAAUUCCCCGACUGCGAAGCUAAGGUGACCAAGCUCCACCCAGGAAAGGAGUACCUCUUCCGCGUCAAGGCCGUCAACCUCCAGGGCGAGAGCAAGCCCCUCGAAGCCGAGGAGCCCAUCAUUGCCAAGAACCGCUUCGAGGUGCCCGAUGCCCCCGACAAGCCGCAGGUCACCGACUGGGACAAGGAUCGCAUAGACAUCAAGUGGGAAGCCCCGGUCAAUAACGGCGGAAGCCCGAUCAAGGGAUACAUCGUCGAGAAGAAGGAAAAGGGAUCGGCGAUGUGGACAGAGGCUGGACGACCAUCUGGUACAGCUUUCUCGGCCACAAACCUCAAGCCGAAUGUGGAGUAUGAGUUCCGCGUGAAGGCUAUUAACGAGGCUGGAGAGUCUGCUCCAUCUGACCCGACCGACCCUCAGAUUACCCGCCCUCGCUUCCAGAAACCGCAAAUCCUAACCAAGGACAAGAAGGCUAAGGUUCGUGCCGGACACACGCACACCAUGGAGAUCGAAUUCCUCGGUUCCCCAGAACCAACCGCCGUCUGGACCCUGAAUGGGAAGGAGGUACCUGCUGACCUGAUGGUCGACAAGAAGACCGGAAAGACUUCCAUCUUCUUCCCGUCGGCAAAACGAGAACAUACCGGCACCUACAAGCUGAAGCUGAAGAACGACGUCGGAGAGGAUGAGGGAGACUUUGAGGUCACGAUUCAAGACAGGCCCAGCCCACCGGAGGGACCGAUUGUUGUCGAGGACGUCAACAAGGACUCGUGCACGUUGCAUUGGAAGCCACCAAAGGACGACGGUGGAUCCGAGAUCACGAACUACGUCGUCGAGAAGCGCGAUGUCAAGACGGGAACCUGGGUGCCGGUCUCGAACUUUGUUGCCGGUACCACCUGCAUUGUGCCAAAACUUCAGGAGGGACACGAGUACGAAUUCCGAGUUUCCGCUCAGAACGUCUUUGGCAUUUCCGAUCCAUUGACGACUGAAGAUACAGUCGUGGCCAAGGAUCCAUUCGGCACCCCUGGAAAGCCAAGCAAGCCCAGCGUCGUCGAUACGGACAACGACCACAUCACGAUCGAGUGGGACCCACCAAGGGACAACGGUGGAUCCCCGAUCUCCCACUACGACGUCGAGCGUAAGGACGCGAAGAGCGGACGCUGGAUCAAGUGCAACACCCAGCCCGUCUCUGGAACUGAAUUCCGUGACGAUCGCGUACAGAAGGGACACACCUACGAGUACCGUGUCGUCGCCGUCAACAAGGCCGGUCCUGGAGAACCCUCCGACCCCUCUGACCCCGCCACCGCCAAGCCCAUGUUCGAGGUGCCAUCCUUUGACCUGGGCAUCGACGGCAAGGAGUUCAGGGUGAAGGCUGGAGAUCCUCUCCUAAUCCAGAUUCCAUUCUCUGGCUCGCCAAAGCCCGAGAUUACCUGGACGAGGGAGGGUAAGGAGCUGUCCAACAUCGACACAACGGACAGCAUCACGCAGCUCCACAUCCUGACGGCUAGACGUUCCGAUGAAGGACCGGUCAAGAUCCGUGCCGUCAACAAGCUCGGUGAAGCGGAAGCUAACAUCAAGAUCACCGUCAUCGAUCGCCCGGCACCUCCGGAGCACCUCAUCUACCCGGAGAUCGGAAGACGACAUGCCACCCUCAAGUGGGACCCGCCAAAGGACGACGGCGGAGCUGAGAUCAUCGGCUACAAAAUCGAGUUCCAACAGGAGGGAUCGAUGUUCUGGGAGAAGGUGCCGCAAACUGUGGCUCAGACCCAGUACACAGUCCGUGGACUCGAGCACGGAGCACGCUACCGCUUCCGUAUCCGCGCCGAGAAUAUGGCUGGCCUAUCCGAUGACUUGACCGGAAUUCCGAUCGUGAUCAAGGACAACUUCGACCCGCCUGGACCACCAACCACGCCUGAAAUCACCGGAUAUGACACCAACACCGUGUCGCUCAAGUGGAACCCACCUCGAGAAGAUGGAGGCGCACCAAUCCAAGGCUACGUUAUCGAACGCUUCGAGAAGAAGGGCGGCGGCGACUGGGCCCCGAUCCGCAUGCCGCUGAUCCGCGGAACCGAGACGACCAUCAGGAAUCUGUUCGAGGGCGAGACCUACCAGUUCCGUGUCCGCGCCGUCAACGCCGCAGGUGAGGGAGCACCCAGCAACGGAUCCGAGCCUGUCACCUGCCGUCCAUUCGUGCAGCCGCCAGGCGCCCCGGAAGCGCCGCACGUCGGAAAGACCACCAAGAACUCGGCAGAGCUGUCGUGGAUGCGCCCGACCUACGAUGGUGGAGCCCCAAUUGAUGGGUACAUCGUGGAGAAGCGUAAGGUUGGCGACAAGUCCUGGACCCGGUGCAACGAGAAACCGGUGAAGGAGCCAAGAACUACCGUCGAGGGUCUGAAGGAGAAAGACGAGUACGAGUUCCGUGUGAUUGCUGUGAACUCUGCUGGAGAGGGAGAGCCGUCAAGGCCCUCUGACCCGGUCGUCAUUCAAGAAGCCCCUGGGAGACCCGUCUUCGACUUGUCUGGCCUUCGCGAUAUCGUUGUGCGUGCUGGAGAGACGAUUGAGAUCAAGAUUCCGUUCUCUGGUGGUAACCCGAAGCCUACUAUCGAUGUCUUCAACGGCACUCAGCCUGUGUAUGAAGAUGCUAGAACCACCACGGAGGUUAUGCCAGAUCACAUCCUCAUCACUACCACCGCUUCGAAGCGUGCCGACGGUGGACCGUACAAGAUCAGACUGUCCAAUAGGUUCGGUCAGGACGAGGCGAAGCUGAACGUCACCGUGUUGGACGCCCCGGGCAAACCCACAGGCCCGAUCACUGCAACCGACGUCAGCGGCGAGGAGAUGACACUCCAUUGGCGACCUCCCAAGGAGGACGGUGGGGCCCCGGUGACCAACUACAUCGUCGAGGCGCGCACCAAGAACGGAGAAUGGAAGCGCAUCGGCCAACCGAUCGGCACUCACUUCAAGGCCCGAAACCUCAACAAGAACCAGGACUACGAGUUCCGUGUCUCCGCCGAGAAUCAGUUCGGAGUGGGAGAGCCGCUGGAGAGCGACGACUCAUUCCGGGCCAAGGAUCCCUUCGACCCGCCAGGUACCCCUGGUCGUCCCGAGCCCAUGGAGACCAACCAGGACUCGAUCUUGCUCACCUGGACUCGCCCUUACACCGACGGUGGUGCCCCCAUUCAGGGCUAUUACCUGGAGAAACGCGAGAAGGGCGGAGAUUGGGAGCGUGUGCAACAUGGUCUCAUCUCCGAGACUCGGUUCAAGGCCUAUGGACUCACGCCGAAGAAGGAGUACGAGUUCCGCGUCUGCGCCGUCAAUGCCGCAGGCUCUAGCGACUACUCUGAGAACUCGAUGCCAGUCGUUGCCGACUCUGCUCCAAGCAGGCCAAAGAUCGACAUGGGACUCCUUACGCGCGACAUCGUUGUGUAUGCCGGUGAAACCGGAAAGAUUCUUGUGCCAUUCGCUGCCACUCCUAUGCCAAGGAUUACCUGGUCGAAGAAUGGACAAACAAUCGACAAGAAGGACCCGAGGGCUAUUGUCGAUUUCAACGACUACCUCGCCACCCUUACCUACAACAAGGCACAGCUUGAUGAUACUGGAUCGUACACCAUCACCCUGGAGAACUCGAUGGGCAGCGACUCGGCGACGUUGAAGUUCAAGGUCGUCGACCGCCCAGCCGCACCUGAGGGACCGCUGGAGAUCAGCGAUAUUUGUCCUGAUGGUUGCCUGGUCUCGUGGAAAGAACCCAAGAGCGACGGUGGCUCCCCGAUCACCAACUACAUCCUCGAGAAGAUGCACAUCGGGCGAGGAAACGAGAACUGGGAGAAGGUGUCUUCCUUCGUGCGUAACACUUCGAUGUACGUGUCCGGACUUCAUGAGAACGAGAAGUACCGCUUCCGCGUGAGGGCCGAGAACCAGUAUGGAGUUUCGGAGCCGUUGGAGAAUCGUGAUCCGAUCACUGCACGAUUCCAAUUCAACGUCCCCGACGCGCCAGAUCAACCUGCCGCCCGCGACAUGGACAAGACAUGGGUCGACCUCUCCUGGGACACCCCCAACGACGGCGGCUCGAAGAUCCUCGGCUACAUCGUCCAGUACCGCGACGCUUCGGCGGGCGGAAAGUGGAUGACGGCCGGCGGAGGCCGCGACCUGUGCAAGGAGAACAACCUGAGGAUCACCGGACUGCGCGACUGCGGGGAGUACGAGUUCCGAGUACAGGCCAAGAACGCUGCCGGACUCUCGAGGCAUUCCCCGAUCGCGAAGUUGGUGUUGAAGUCGAGGAUCGCUCCUCCAGGGCCACCUACGCAGCCUGCAGCCAACUCGAUUGGUCGCAACCACGUCACCCUUACCUGGGGACCGCCCAUUGAUGAUGGCGGCUCGAAGAUUACCGGGUAUCACGUGGAGAUGAGGGAGUAUGGAUCGUCCAACUGGUACCAGGUAUCCGACUACAACAUCCUGGAACCAGAAUUCACCGUGCCCAACCUCAAGGAGUUCCACGACUACGAGUUCCGCAUCGUCGCUGAAAACAAGGCCGGCCGCGGAUUCCCCAGCUUGCCCACCGCCCCCAUCAAGAUCCAAGAAAUGGGCGGAAGCAGGCCGGAAAUCGUUGUCAAGCCUGAGGACCAAGUACAACCCUACAAUCGUCGUGCCGUGUUCGUUUGCGAGGCCAUCGGCCGACCCAAACCGACAGCCAGGUGGCUCCGCAAUGGCCGCGAGCUGCCCGAAUCGACCCGCUAUCGCUUCGAGGCCCACGACGGUACCUACAGGUUCACGAUCAAGGAAGUCUGGGAUAUCGAUGCUGGAGAGUACACGUGCGAAGUUGCCAACGUCUUCGGAACUGAUCAAGCCACGGCGAAGUUGACCGUCCAAGCACCACCUGUCAUCGAGCGGGACGUGCCGAACACGAUUUUGCCGUUGGACGAGAUGGUUCGAUUCAAGAUCUACUUCUCCGGCUCGGCACCGUUCAGCCACCUGCUGACCCUCAACAAGAAGGAGGUCUCUGGAGAGCAUCCAACCAUCCGAACUGUCGAAUUCGACGAUCACUUCCUGAUCACCAUCACCUCGCUGCAGCCGACGGAAACCGGACGAUACGAGUACACCGUUAGCAACGAUUCUGGAGAGGCCACCACUGGAUUCUGGCUGAACGUCACCGGGCUGCCGACGGCCCCUCAAGGACCGCUGGUUUACGAGGCUGUCACCAGGGAUUCGGUUACAUUGUCGUGGAGACCGCCAGUUGAUGAUGGUGGCUCGAGGAUUAAGGGAUACAAGAUCGAGAAGCGCGACAUUUUGCGUGAGGAAUGGACGACUGUCGCGUCGCAGGUUCGCGAGCUCUCCUACACUGCUCAGGCUCUCUUCGAGGGCCACGAGUACGAGUUCCGCGUGUCGGCCUUCAACGAGAAUGGUGUCGGUGCCCCGUUGGUGUCUGACAACUCGGUGGUGACCAAGCUGCCCUUCGACCCGCCGGGUCCACCCACCGAUGCCGAGGUCACGCACAUUGGCACCGACUCGUUGACGCUCAACUGGCUGAGGCCGAUCUCUGAUGGUGGUGGCCGACUCCGCGGGUAUGUUGUUGAGAAGCGGGAAGCCGGACAAGACACCUGGGUCCGAUGCAAUCAGACCCCGUCCCCGCCCAACAACUUCACCGUGCCGAACCUCAUCGAUGGCAGGGAGUACGAGUUCCAGAUCUUCGCCGUCAACGACGCCGGCUUCUCCGAGCCGCUUGCCAUGGACAAGCUCGUCUUCAAGGCGGCUGGUGGCGGCACCCCGCCCGAGAUCAUCUCCCCGUGCCACGACCAGCUCGGCGAGACCGGACGCUCGGUCACCUUCGAGUGCGAGAUCCGCGGCGAGCCCCGCCCGGAGAUCAAGUGGAUGCGCGGCAUGAAGGAGCUCGUCUCGACCAGCAAGUACACCGUCUUGAACAAGGGCACCGUCCAGACGCUCAUCAUCCAAGAUGUACAACCCGACGAUGCCGACGAGUAUUCUUGCAGAGCCGUUAACACCAAGGGAACACGCACGACUCGCGCUAACCUGAAGAUCAAGAGCAAACCACGUGUCUUUGUCCCACCGAAAUACCAUGGUGGAUAUGAGGCCCAGAAGGGAGAAACCGUUGACAUCACACUCCCCUACAAGGCAUUCCCCGCUGGGGAGGGCAGAUGGACGAAGAAUGGAGAGAAGAUUGAGGCCGGAGGAAAGUACACGAUCACUGGGGAUGAUAAGACGGUCACGCUACGCAUCAGCAACGCGUCGCGCGAGGAUUAUGGCAACUACAGGGUGACGGUGGACAAUGGAGUCGGAAGCGACUCGGCGACCAUCACCGUUACGGUUGCUGACAGGCCGGACCCGCCAAGGGCACCACAGGUUGAAAACGUGCUCGACGAAGCCGUGAUCCUCUCCUGGAAGCCGCCACUCCUUGAUGGCGGUUCCCUGGUUACCGGCUACACCGUCGAGAAGCGAGACACCAGUGGCGGCCAAUGGACCCCUUGCGCCAAGUCACGAUUCACCUACCUGACCGUGGAGGGGCUAAAGGGAGGCCAUCAGUACGAGUUCAGGAUCACCGCCGAGAACAAGCACGGCGUGUCCGACCCGUGCGAGCAGACAAACGCCGUCACGAUACCGGGAGAUGGUAGAAGAAGGAGACGCAACUAUGACGUUGAUGAGAGCGGAAAGAUCAUCAGGGGAAGGGGAAUUCCCUCUUCAAACUAUGAUUCCUUCGUCUUCGACGUCUGGAAGCACUACUACCCCGAGCCGGUCGAGAUCUCAACCGCCUCAAUCUACGACAAGUACGACGUGCUGGAGGAGAUUGGCACCGGAGCGUUUGGCGUUGUGCACCGAUGCGUUGAGCGGUCGACCGGAAAUACCUUUGCCGCCAAGUUUGUCAACACCCCCCAUCAGACGGACAAGGAUACGGUGCGCAAGGAGAUACAAGUGAUGAAUGCUCUGCGCAACCCAUCGCUGAUCCACCUUCACGACGCCUACGAGGACCAGCACGAGAUGGUGAUGGUGUACGAGUUCCUGUCGGGCGGCGAGCUGUUCGAGAAGAUUGCCGACGAACACUCGCGGAUGAGCGAGAAGGAGGCGGCUGAUUAUACGCGACAAGUCUGUGAAGCCCUCCGGGUGAUGCACGAGAACAACUAUGUGCAUUUGGACUUGAAGCCUGAGAAUAUCAUGUUCACCACCAAGAAGAGCGACAAGUUGAAGCUGAUCGACUUUGGGUUGGCGACGCAGUUGGACCCGAGGUCGGCAGUGAAGGUGACCACCGGAACCGCCGAAUUCGCCGCACCCGAGAUCGCCAACGGCGAGCCGGUCGGCUACUACACGGAUAUGUGGAGUGUUGGUGUCCUCUCCUACAUCUUGUUGUCCGGUCUCUCACCCUUCGGCGGCGAAACGGACGAGGAGACGCUGAAGAACGUUCGUGCCGGUGACUGGAGCAUCGACGAUCCUGCAUUCUCCGGAAUCUCCGACCACGCCAAGGACUUUGUCAAGCAGUUGUUGCACAAGGACCCGAAGCAGCGACUCUCCGUCUUUGACGCCCUCGACCAUCCCUGGUUGACUUCCGGUGAGGCCCGGGAUGACCCGAUCCCCUCAAGCCGAUACCGCGACAUCCGCGACAGCGUCAAGAGGAAAUACGACGCCUGGCCGGAACCAAUGCCUCCACUCGGCCGUAUCGCCAACUACUCGUCAUUGAGAAAGUUGCGACCGACCGAAUAUUCCAUCCGGGACGCAUAUUUCGACAGACAAGAAGCCACUCCGCGAUUUAUUGUGCGGCCCUUCUCGACGUCAUGCGCAGAGGGUCACACCGCUACCUUCUACUGCCGAGUGCUGGCCGCCUCACCUCCGAUUGUCACGUGGCACCAUGGGGCCAAGGAGUUGCGCCAGUCGGUGAAGUACAUGAAGAAGUACGAGGGCUCCGACUAUUCCCUUGUCAUUAACAGGGCCAAGAUGGAGGACAAGGGCGAGUACACGGUACGAGCCCAAAAUUCGUAUGGAGCACGGGAAGAGACCGUUUCUCUCACCGUCACCAAGCAGACCAUCGACUACGAGCCGAAACCGUUGCAGCCGAUGAGAAAGAUGGAGCUGCCCAAGGUCGAGGAGUUCAAGGAGAAACGUGGCGCGCCCAAGUUCUCCUUCCACCUCCGCCACCGUCUCAUCCAGAAGAACCACCCGUGCAAGCUUAUCUGCAACUUGGGUGGCAACCCGACACCAAAGGUGGAAUGGCUGAAGGACGGGCGGGCAGUCGACGCAGAUAGGGUACAACUGACGUACCGCAGCGGCGUCGCGUCGCUGGAGAUCUUCAACGCACGCAUGGAGGAUUCGGGCACCUACACUUGCGUGGCGACAAAUGAGCUUGGCGAGGAUAGCACGGAAUGUCUGGUGACAGUACAGGGUCGUGGUGGGUCGGUACGGGAACCGAUCCCCGAUCUCUCAUCAUUCCGACCGCGAAGAGACCGCGACUCCUCCCUGCUCCGCGUCAACGACGUCGAGAGGUCGUACUCGAGCGCGGACAUUUCACGACGAGCCCGCCAAGCAUCACCGCUCAAUACCCGGGAUGACAUUCGUGUC